CGCCCCGCCGUCCCUUCGUUGCGUCGCGGGCGCGGCUGGUAUGUGAAAGCGCCACUGCUUGCUUUUCUUUAUAAUGGUUACCUAGACGUUUGAUAAGAAUGGAGAUUAAGUUAGAUGUUCUCCUCUCUACGAGUAUCAAGCAAAGAAAGCCGUGGCCUCGCAUCGCAUGGAUUGGACAGGAAAAAGAGGCAGUUUUUCUUCUAGAUGAUAAACAGAUAAAUGAAAUUAACCUGACAUCAGGGAAGACAAAGAAGAAAAUCCCUCAGCUACAGUCAUUGUUGAAAAAUGUGGUUGUUUUAACAACAUCAAGAAAUGGUGCUUGGUUGGCAGGAAUACUUAAAACAGGAGAGCUAUUUCUUUGGAAUAAAGAUCAAGACUGCUUGAAAAUUGUGCCAGCGAUUGAAGAGUCUAGGAAGGUAGUUGCAGCAGCUCAAGAGUGUUUAAUGCGAUUGUACUUGUAUGUAUCUGGAGAUGGCAGAAAGGUACUGUUAACUACUCCCACAGCAUGUGUCUUUUUUUGGGAGAGUACAGAACACGAAAAUACAGCCCCUUGUAAAAAUUCUUCUGCUGGACAUUGGACACAAAUUUUGCCUGAUGAGUCAGUCAUGUUGCCUUCUACUGAAGAAAAAGAAAUAGGAGUGCAUGCUGCUUUCAUACAAAAUGAGAUACUGGGUGAUUGCUGCUUAUGCUCUUUCGUUUUUUACUCUGGAGAAUGUUUGGUGCUCACGUUUUUGAUUCUUCGGUGGCAUGAAAAUGGCUUUAAAUAUAUUAGUUCUUUGCCAUACCAGAUCCACUGGGUACAGCAGACUUGUUCCCUUGUUAAUUUGGUUCCUCUGUGUGCAUCUGUAAAGUCAAGAGGAGCUUUGCUAUGUGCCUUUGCUAGAGAUGGACUUACACUUGCAGUUGCUGUUAAUCAAACUGAUCCAAAGGCCACUCACAUUUUGUUUUUAAACACAUUGAAUUUUGCAACUGUUUUGGGUAGCCUUAAAGGUUGUAGUAGCAAGCACAGUGUAGUCCCAUCUAAGUUUAUCAGAUCUUACUGGGUUGGCGAUAUGAGUUGGACUCCUGAUAGCCUUUUCUUGGCUUGCAUGUUAAAACGUGGAUCUUUGAUUUUGUUGACGUGUAUGGGUGAACUGCUGACCUUGGUUACUACUGGCUGCUCUGUAGAAUUUGGACCAGCAGAGUUUAUUCCAUUUCAUCCACUAAUAACAUGCAAACAGCAGCAGUCUUGUUGUCAAGACUCUAGUCAGUCCCUUGGUUCUUCAGCUUCUGAAAGUGACCUUAUGAGACAGAGAUUCUCUGUUGCUUCACAUUCAAGAUUACCCUACCUCAUUGUCUCUGAUGGAUACAUGAUAACAGUGCUUAGGUUGCCUAACAACCUUUCACCAUCAGGAUUUAUAAGAUCCCUUUUGCUUGAUUCAACCCAACGGCUUGAAAGUGUCCGUUUGAGUUUGCUGAACUCCAAGUCUAAAGGGAGACCUCUGUGUUUACAGUCACUGUUGUCUUUAAAAGCUAGGCUUUUAAAACACGCUCAAAACCAAAGUUCCAUCCUUUCCACCAUUCCGAAAUUCCUGGAAGAGGAUACAACAGAAACGAAUGAGAAAACCUUGGAUUUACUGGACUAUGAAGAAGAAUCGGAUGAUGACAAGCAGUUUUAUAAUAGCCCUUCCAGCUUUAAUAGCCAAAGAAUCCCUUCGUUUGUUGGCAAAGCGGAUCAAGGCUACAUAGAAUUUGCAUCAAUGUUUGAUACUAUCCACGCAAAAGACAAUACUGAAGAGAAAGAUAAAUUAUCAGUAGACCUAUAUUCCAUUCAGAAAAACCUCCUUGCAGCUUGGCAUAUUGGGAUUUCAAAAAAUGUGGAAGAGAAAGAUAUGUUGCUGAAUUACACAGUGAACUGCAUUAUCCAUUUUUUUAACAUUCUUCAGUUUGUGAAAUGUUCUUUGCUAAACAAGAAUGCAUCUUUAAAUAAGUCUGUGAAGAAUACUCACUGGAUGCAGUAUGUCUUAAAAUAUUUUCAUCAGUGUUUAACUUUCUUGCAUUGGCAUUCAAGAGCCAGUCUGACUGGACACCUGGCAAAGCUGACAGUACAAACAAUAAAACUGAUGCUUAUACAGAAAGCAGAUCAGUUGUUCUCAGAAAACCUUUUGGCAUGCUUCUGUCUUUUGAAAAUGGUUUCUGACACUCUAAGUAGCGUGUGCAUACUACAGUAUGAGAAUUUGUUUGCAUCUCCUUGUGGAAAUGGUCCUGUGGAACUCGACUCCCUCACUGUACCUGUUUUCCUAGUUUUUGAUGAAGGUACUACUCAGCAAUUCAGCUCACUCCAAUCUCUGCUUAGAGAGCCACCUCAAGCAGUAAACCAUCAUGCUAAAACAGAAAAAAGGCUGAUUGUACUGUGGCGAUUAUUGUAUAAGAAAGUGCUUUGGUAUCAGAUGCAGCUGAACAGAAAAAUGAAGAAGAAUGUAGAAGAGGAGUCUGUUGUCUCAAAGCUUUUAAGUCAUAUACAAGCCACCCUUCAGUCUUCAGGAAUGGCCUUAGAACAUCAUUUGAAGAUUAAUUCUGUAUCUGGUGAGGAGAAGUUCCUUUUAGGCUCAUACAGAGAAUCCGUGGACAUGUGGAAAAGAUCUCUUUGUGAAAUCAAAGCAAAAGGAGGAAAAAGGAUGUGUUUUCUUCAGACUAGGUAUUAUCUUGCAAUAUUAUUUUGCCACCUGUAUCAAUACAACUUGUGUGAGGCUCAAGGACUCUGUGAUCAUCUGGUAGGAGAGAUUCUAAGGCGAUCACAGCUCUCAAUGAGUCACAUGGAAAAAUUCUCUGAUACCAAGUAUUUCCAGCAUGAACUAUGGAUGGUAACAGACGUUGAUACCAAAACUGCUAUGGCUGUGAUUCGAUCCAUGGCACGAUUCAUGGCUGCUUAUUUCACAAAUCAGCUGCUUUAUAUCUUUCCCCCACACAAUGUUGACAUCCUGUACCCACUUCACAUCACUCAAGACUUAUCUGCUCGUAUUAUUCCUCUGCAACACUGUUUGGUUACCAGAGCUGUCAGGGACCAGAACCUUUCAUCUGUGUGGACAGCUGAAUAUGCUCUUGAUUUAUUCUUUAUUGGAGGGCUUAUUCCAGAGGCUGUGUGGUUAACACACAGACUUGGAGACUGGAAACUGUCUGUUUCAAUUGGUGUGGCAUAUCAGCUGUAUUGUCAGGACUCUGAUGAAUUAUCCAGACUGAAAACCAGAGAAUAUUGCCUGCCAUUAAGCUUAUCACCAAUGCAGACUUUUCAGGAAAAGUUACAGUCUUUGUUAGGACAGCCAGUUACUGCUGAAACGUCAGGAGGUAUUAAAUUCAAGCAGUUUACAGAUCCCAUUGAAGAAGAAGAUGCAAAUGUUCUUUAUAGUUCAAUACAGGAACUACUGAAAGCAGCUGUUAUGGCAGGUGCUGAUAUUCUCUCGGAGACAUUUCAGCUUUUGAUGGAUUCUGCCAAGGAUCUUAGCAGAAAAUUGUGUGGUUUAGUUCCAGAUGGCCUUUAUCUUCCAGCACCACCAUUGUACUGUCCUCAGCCAGCUUCUCUCAGUGAAGAAGACUGUGAUGACAUUCUUUUGAAAAUUGAGAGAGAAAGUCGUCAGAAAGUGUCAGGAGUCCUUCAGCGAAUUAUCUUACUCUUCCGCGCUGCUCAUUGUUCCUGCCCUGCAGCACAGUGGUACGUUGCACAGCUGAAGUGGGCAAGAAAAGUUAUGCAAAAAAUUCGAAUAAAAGGAUCUCUUCCUUUGCUGAGUCCAUUCCCAGAGACUUUGCUUCGUUACUCUAAUUUCUGCACUGUUUUCCGUAGAUCUACAUCUUCUGGAAAGCAUCAGUUUGAUGAUACUACCUGUAAGAUUUUAGGUUGGUUCAGAGAGCUAUGUGCAUUGUGUUGGAUGCUUCAUGUUCGUGAAAGAUUAUCUGACAACUGUAGGCAGUACCAAACUGCAAGGGAAAAUAUUAACAAUCAUAAGGAUCCGAAGAAGAAUGAAUGUGAUGCCUCCACAGUUGAGCACUGUCUGAAUGCAGUGGAGUGGGCUUGUCGAAUGCUUCCUUUCUGCAGGUUCAUGAAUGUUGAAGAGUUAAUUCAAGAUGUAAUUUUGAGUCUGCUUGGACAGUUGCCACCACUGAAAAAGGUGGCAGAGAUUUUCGUAAAAGCAUUUCCUAAACCUGAAGAUAUAAGAGUUCCAUUAAGAGAUAAAUAUCAUGGACUUCAGCAGCGAUUCCAACAAAGUAUUGUUAAAGGUGCUGGAAGUGAAGAAAUGAUGUCUGUUGUUAUACAGGUUACUGAAAAAGCAAGGUUGAAGACCUUGAGACGUGUAAUAAGGAACAUAGGCCCCAUAGAAAUUAAUAUCUGGGAGCCAGCAGAGGAGGCAGCAGCAGAUGAUGAGGAACACUGUUAUGACAGAUUUUCAGUAGGCACUAGUCUAAGCGGAAGCACGCUUACUGAUCUUGGGAGUUCUCAGGUAUACAGUGAUGCUGACACAGCAGAUACACUUUCUGAUCCUUUGUUUACUGAAGAAACAAGAGCUCGAACACCUUCAAUCCAAAGGGAUGAUGAACAUCACAGACAAGGAGAAAUAUAUAGCAAAAAUACCACGCACAAGAUAAAAGCUCAUAACUGGAAAGCAAAACAUAAGGACGAAAUAUAUGGAAAAGAUGUGCAUAAUCACUGUAAUUUGCCUUUAGUUGGUGCAUGGGAAUUUGAACGUGAUGAUGAUGAAUAUGUUAUUUUUUUAGAACUCUUUUUGAGUUAUGUUCUUGAGAGAGACCUGAUAAGGUACACUGACCUUGCAAUUCCAUUUCUUACUAGCUUUUCUAGACUUCUUCGAGAGCAUCAAUUAAACUCUCUCUUUUUUGAUGUUCAUACAACACUAAAACGUCGACAAGGCAAAACUAGAAGCCGAAGUGUGUUUAGAGCAGGGUCUUGCUAUACUGUUGCCCUGGUAUCUUGUGAUCCUGCAACAGCGUCUGUCUGUAAUGAAAAUACUUCGGAAAAUCCAACUAUUGUACAGUCCAUUGUACAGACAGCAGAACCUUCUGUACAUAACCUAAUGAAAGGAUUUAAUGAAGGAUUGUUUGGUUUAAAACGCAAGUCAAUUUACAGAACUCAAAGAGACAAUCAAGAAGUCACUGUUGCACCAGAAAGCCACACCUUUCCUAACCAUACUUCCUCUAGUUUGCAAAUUCAGGCAACUUCUCAAUACAUUUACAAAACUGUUGAUAUGGUUGAUACUGUACCAGGAGAAGAACUAACUAUAGAGUUAAUGGGUAAGUUGAGCAAUAUUGCAAAAUUGCUCGAGUGGAUGAUCAGGUGGUCUGAUAAAAGACUGCUCUGGGGUUCAAAUAAACAAGAUUCCUUAGAAGAAAUUCUCCCGAUGGUACAUGUGAAAACAUCAGCAGCUGCUGUCCUUACUUCUUUCUGGCUAUUGGAACAGUUACACAGAGAUGGAUCUCAAGCAAGGAGCAUAAAAUUUAAGAGCCUGGAUAAUCAAAGUUUGAAAGAAUUUGCGUCUCUGUCAGAAGCCCAGUCUAGUACAGAAAAAGAAAGUAGUGUGGAUGAAGGGUCUUCCAUACUGGUCAGUCCUCCUCUUGAUGUCCAGAGUGUACAAGCCUGUGAUGACCUUUGUGAAACUGACUUUGGAAUGUCUACAGAAUCAAAAUAUUUUGAUAAGAAGGAAUAUAAUCUUGGGAAUUAUCCUGUACCUCAUAUGACUGAAGAUAUUAAUGAAGUGAGACCUUUUGUUCAGGAGGAGUUACAUGUAACAUCAGAAAAAGAAGAGUUCUUUGAGGAGCCAUAUGAAACUUCAAAGAGCUCCAACAGCUCUGUCAAGAUCAAACCUAUAGAACAUCAGAGAGGAAAGCAGGACUCUGUUUCAGAUGUAGAUAAUCCCCAGGAGGAUCAAAAGGUGGAAGAAAGAAAGGAAGAAGAGGCUGAGCUGAAUCACAUGACUGAGGUUGUUACUGGCACCAUUUGUCACUCCUUCAUUUUAGAACAAGAACCAGAAGUUCCCAGUAACAGAGAGAUUUCUCUAAGUGAUCAUCAGUCUUCUCAGACUGUUGUGUCAACUGUGUCAAGUAUUGCCUCUAAUACUUCCGUUUGUGCAAAGAAGCAAAAAGUCAAUGAAGUCCCUACAGAAGAGAAACCAAACACAUCAGAAACUGUCACUCAGAUGCUCCAAGAUGAAAUGUUUAAGUUAGUUCAGCUACAGCAAAUCAACUUCUUGAGUUUAAUGCAAAUAGUGCAGUCACCCUUUGCCAACCUGCCAAACGUGCAACAAAUUUUGCAACACCAUCAGCCUGUUCACCUGGAAGGAAUGAAGCCUUCACACACUGCCGAAGGCAAUGCCUCUCUGAAAACACAGCUGCCCACUCAAGAAGAUAAAGGAAAACUUGUUCAAGAGAGCUCCGAUUUUCAACCAGGGAAUAAUUUAAGAGAUGAAAGCAACAAUGAUGGUAUAAAAAAUCAGCUGGACGUGAAUGUUUCUUCAAGCCUAUUAGAAAGCCACAAUAAAGAAACAAGAUUUAUACCACCAUCUCAAGAUUUGCAUUCUUCAACACUUAGUAAACCACUUCAUCUCCUAGCUCCUUCCUCAGGCACCCAGAAAAAAACAAAGUUUAUCCCUGUCGAAAAAAAAAACAGUUACUCAAAUGGAUUUCCCUUGCUUAAGCUUGAAUCAGGUUAUCGUUUCAAACCAGCACUAUUAUAUCCAGUAGAUAUGACAUCAGCUUUUGCUAGACCACCCCCAGUGCCACGAGUGGCUUGGAGUUCAUCAGAUUCCGUAGAGAACCAUCAGUCGUCAUACACAACAAGAAAGAGUGAGUCAAAAGCAGAUUUGAACAUGAGUAGAUAUGACCCUGAGAUCCCAGGGCAAAUGCACAAGGAAGAGAAAAGAUGGGCAGAAAUUGCGCAUAAAGGACCUCCCAAACACCUGAAUCUAGAUCAGUAUGAAGGACAUCAAGGUGUUUCACCUCAGCAGCAGUUCUCUGCAAAUGUGAACAUGGACAAACCACAGAUCACUCAGAACCUGGGUGGUAUUCCACUGUUGCACCUUGACCCAGUGCCUAGACUUUCACCAGCUGUAAGGCAGCCAGUCACUACUACUUUAUUACCUGUUAAACCUGCAACAAAGGAGACUGACUGUGGAGAAACCCAACAGUACACAGGAAUAUCACUACUCCAUGUUAAUUUACCUCAAAAAAAGAAGGCACCAAAAUUCAUUCCACUUCAAGAUCUCAUUGCAUUUGAGCAACGCCACCAGCAUCAUACUGUGCCCAGUACUUCCUUUGGACCAGAGCAAACUGAACCUAUCCAGUUACUAAAAACUGAUGUUGAACCAUUUGAACUAAGGGAUGUGCAGAAUAAUAGAAAAAGACAAAAGAGGCGUGAAAAGAAACAAGUGGAAGAGGAGGAAAAGAAGAAACCAAGUGUGUCCUUCUGCCCAGAUGACUCCAUCAUCAAUAUUAGUGAUGCAGUGGUGGCUGUUGAAUCAGGGACUAGGGAUCAACAAGCGAAGUCUACAUCUUACCUUCAAGAUGGUAUUUUCACUUCCAUGGACACAGUGAGAGAAGCGACUACUGCUUCAGAGGUACAUCACAUAUCUUCUGCAGGAAAAAAAAUAGCAGAAACUAAAGAUGCAAGUACAAAUACACACCCAGUGCUCAAAUCAUAUCAGGAUGUUGGAAUCAGUGCUGGAAAUGAGGCUUCUGAAGUUAAAAGUAGUGAACCAGUCAUGUCUGUUCCUAUGUCAGAACCAUCUAAUACCCAUGAGAUACGACCACCAGACAUGUAUUUAAACCUGGGAUUCCCUGCUGAAAUGAGUGAGAGACCUUUACAGUCCUUUCUGUCGGAUGCACCCGGUUUGGGUGGACAUGAAUAUAUCAGUGUGAUUGACAUUGAAGAUGGUGACAUCCUUAACAAUUUGCCCAUGAUACCUGAGUCUGCAGAAGAGAGAGCCACUGCAGAGCAAAAUGAGAAAUUUGAAAUUCCAUCUACUGCAGAAUUUCAUCAUGUGGCAGCUGCUGUUACUGAUCCAAUUCCACCUGAAGUGCUUCAGCAGAAAGAUCAUCAUGUGAAAAUUGUAUCAAGCCAAGUGCAAAAGGGAGAUAAGAAGUUGGAUUCUGCUAGAGAUAGUGUGACUUGGAACAUAGUAUAUGAAGAUGAUAGAACUUUACCCUCUUCAGGGCUUCCAUCUAAAGUAAUCGGCAAAGAAUACUUUUCCACAAAGCAGAAGGAAAUGGAUAUGCAAUUACAGGCACUACAAAAGAUAACAGAAAAUAUGGAGGUGGAUUUCAGAAAUGCCAGAUUGCUGGUGAAAACAAUAGAAGAUUUUGAAAUGGCUGCAAAUUCAGACGUUGGUGCUCGUCCUUCAUUCUCUGAGGAUGCUGGAAUCACUAAUGAUGAACAUUAUUUGAGUGGUAUGAAUAUUGAAGAUGUUACAGAUGGUCUGAAGGAGGGCUUAAACUUGGAAAGUCACAAAUCCAGUUAUACUUCAUUGGAAGUACACUCUCCUGCCACUGCAGCCCCUGCUUCUAAAUUUCCCGGUGGCAUAAAGUCAUCUUCUGAGUUGCAGAUAAGCGGAGAUGCACGUGAUUGCUCUUUAGAAGAUCCUCUGCAAAUUACUGGUCUGAGUGGUGUUAAUGACCUCAUUAGUGAUCUUGUAGUAGAAGGUGACAUCUCUCCAUCAGAGCUGGGCUUUACGAAAAUACAAGCUAAGAAAAUCUCUAGGUUUCAUGAUUCUGCUGCUGGACGUUCUCAAAAAACAGAAAAGGAGAGGAAGGAGAUACAAGCAUGGAUGAAAAAAAAACGAAAAGAAAGGAUGAGAGAAUAUAUGAGGAAGCUGGAUGAACAAAGACAGAAGGAGCAUAAUCCAUUCAAUCAAAAAAAGAAUGGGCAUGGUAGACUUACUUCAAAGGAUAUUAAACUAUUGCAAAAGAAGAAAGAAGAAAAAGACAAAGCCAUGUUUUCUAAACAUCACAGAAUGAGAAUAUCACAAGCACUUUCCCUGAUGAAUGAAAUGUUAUCUGAAAAAGUGCCAUUACCUGCAAAUGAACACAGACCGUUAUCCAGGACAAGAUCACCUCAGGAGUACAGAGAACGGCGUAUGGCAUCCACUACAGGACAGCAUCCGAACAGUCCUGUUCUGUCAGAAAGGAGAGUUGCUGCCAAACCCAGCUUUGGUCAAAAAGUGCACCGUUUCACCCCAGCUUUUGGUUUAACACAGUCCAGGGGAAAUGCCUCUAUGGUCCUACAGAAAAGUACUUCCAGAGGAAGAAUGAGAAAUGCUGCAAAUUGUCUUCUUAAUUCUAGACACUCUGCUGAGUACAGAGUAAGCAGAACAUCAAAACAAAAGCCUCCACGUGUUGCCACUGCAGUUCAGACAGACGAUGUAGAUCCAGAGUCUGAGCGAGACUUAGUGAGUCCUUGGACUGUGCCUGAUGAUAUCCAAAGAAUACUUCAAGAUACUCAUGACUCUUUGUUUCAGGAUUCUGCACUGCAUCCUGUGAGUUUCUCUCCUCUCGGCACUAUUGACACUGGUGACAUUUCUGAAAGCACGGGAAGUAUCGUCAGCAAACUGGACUGGAAAGCGAUUGAGGCUAUGGUAGCAGAUGUGGAAGACAAAUGAUCAAGAUUUCUCAGCUGCUCUGCACUUUGAAACAGUUGCUGAUGUUUGGUUUCAUCUUAUAAAACAGUACUUGUUCUACUUAAAAUGCAUUGAGGCUUGUAUUGGUUUUCUUAAGAAGCACAGAAACUCUCACUGUUUUCAGUCUUGCCUAGGUGAAAUUAAAUUCCUUAACAUACAGCUUACUUUCCAUGUGUCUUCAGGUCAAAUACAAGUAAAUAUAGUUGGUAAAUGCAGACCAGUUGUCUUAAACAUGAACUUAGGAGUCAGCUGCUUUGCCCUUCUCAAAUAUUUAACAAGUUUUAUUCUAUUUAAGAGCACUGCACAACCGUUUUACAUUUGUAUUUAAUACUAAACAUAAUAUUUUUGUAAGUUACCAAUUACGAUAAAGUGAUUUAACAAAAGUGAGUUUAUAUUAGUUUCUUCUGUAAAGUUACUUACACACAGAGUGCUGUUAUUGCUAUCUACCACUAUAACUGUGUGUCUGGGUGUGCCUGUGCACUACCCUAGUGUUUUAAAUCCAACUUACUCAUACAGUAGUUCAGAGAAAUCUUAAAAAGAGUUUGAAUGAUUGAUAGAAACAAGCUCAAAUAGUCAGGUACCCGUAAGUGAAAUACAGGCAUCCGUAUAAGACACUAUAAGACACUAAGAACAAGUACGUACUGAGGUAAAGAGAGGUGCUGCUGCUUAUCCAUCUGUGCAGUGCUGCUGUGUAAAAGCUGUUCUAGUAGCCCUCAGGUAUUUGUAGAAAAAUUUCCCGUAUGAUGAGUGGCUGUCAGCCUCUUGUGGUAGCUUGAACAGAUGCAGCUGUGGUGACUUUUUCCCAACAGCAACAGUUUUUAUUUUUGUAGUGAAAAAAUUUAAAUUUUUCAUGAAAGUCAAAAGUGUGUUUAGUUAGGGGUUAUUUACUGUCACACAACACUGUAGCAGUUUCUGAGUAAAACUGCAUCUUGGCAAAUGUCAAGAAAUGUGGUUGGAAGAAAGCCUGUUACAACAUUACAUACUUACCAGGACAAAUUUACACUUUGUAUAGGCUUAGAGAUCAAAGCAGGCUGUGUGUUUUUAGCAGCCUUCAGAAUCUGCAUUAGCUUCUCCCACAGGAGUGGCCAGAGUGCAAAACUUAGCACUGGGAGUGAUCAUCUCCAAAUGAAAGGGCAAGUUCCUUCAAAGAGCCAGUCCAGUGCAUGUAUCUGUGACUUUGAGUGGAGUCUCAAACUGUCUUUCUCCAGAGUGGCAGCAGUGAAAUCAUAAGUAUGUACCUUUUUUUUCCUGAUUGGAAAAAAAAAAUAAAAAUCGUGGUUUAGCCAAGUAUCAAAGUGUCCUUAAGAUCACAGCAAGCUGUGAGAAGCCGGGGACAAGACAGUGGCUUAAAAACCUUGUCCUAAAAGGCUUGUGAAAACUUCACCAUGCUCAGCCCUGUGUGUUGGGUGGUAUUUACUGCAUCACAGUCAGUAAAUGUUAAUGGAUCUCCUGUGAUGAACAGACAUUAAAAAUAGUAGGUUGGUGCAACAAUAAUUGCUGUUUUUAACCAUUAGCUUCAAAGUGGAUAAUCUCAGAUUAGGAUAAAAUUUAUUAACUGAAAUAAGAACCAUUAGGAUCUACACAUUUUUGCCAGUGAGAAGCGAGUCUAUUUAUUCUGGUUGCAUAUAAUGCUGGAGUCCUGUAACUGAUGAAUUUCAUAGAAUCACCAGGUUAGGAAAGACCUCUUGGAUCAUCAAGUCCAACUGUUCUUAUCUGCCACUAUGCCAUGUCCCUGAGCACCUCAUCUACCCAUCUUUUAAAUACCUCCAGGGAUGGGGACUCCCUGGGCAGCCUCUGCCAGGACCCAUGACCCUUUCUAUGAAACCUUUUCCCUGAUGUCCUGUUUGAGGUGUUUUGAGUUGCUGCUUAGCGGUGGGAAGCUGCCUCUUGCAGGAAGAGGUUGAGGUGCUUGAGAGUGUGGUAAUUGGUGGGAGAGAGGCAGCUGGGUGAGGGAGAGUUUUGUAGCCCGGUUUGUGCAGCUUCUGCAGAGUCAUUUGUGAGAAUUGUGGCCAGGUGUUAUCGUGGAGAAGAACUGGUCCUUUUCGAUUGACCACGUUGGCUACAAACAUUGCAGUUUUUGGUGCAUUUUGUUGAUGUCUUGGCAAUACUUCUCUACUGUGAUGGUUUCACUGUGAUUUAAGAAGUUGUAGUGGAUGAUUGCACUUGCCGACCACCGGGCAGUGAGCAGAACCUUCUUUUGAUGCCACUUGGGGUUGGGGAGGUGUUUUAGUGCUUUACCUUCAUCCAGCUACUGCACAGAAAGCUGUCAGUUGUCACAAUGUGAUCAAGAAAUGGAUAAUUUUUGUUGUGCAAAUGCAGUGGGGAGCAGACUUCAUAGUAGUGAUAUAGUUUUUUUUUUAUUUUCACACAGCCCCCAUUUGUUGAACUAUUUAAUUACUAAAUUUGGUGCAGAUGUUGAACGACUGUUGGAUGGUGAACAUUUAAUUCUUCUGCAACCUCUCCAGUUGUUUUGCUUGGAUCUGCUUUGAUACUGGUCCGCAGUCAGUUGUUGUCUAUUGCAGAAGGAUGUCCGUGACCUUCCUUGUCCUCAAGGCUCUUGUUUCUAUUUUUUUGGAACCGAUGUCAGGCUGUACAUUCAUUGAGAAGGAUGUUGUGGGGAUCAUGUCAAAGUCCUUACAGAAGUCCAGAGAGAUGACAUCUGUGAGUCUUCCCUUGUCCACUGAUGUAGUUACUUCAUUAUAGAAGGCCACUAUGUUGGUCAGGCAAGACUUGCCCUUGGUGAAGCUGUGCUGGUUUCCUGAAUCACCUUCUUGUCCUCCAUGAGCCUUAAAAUAUCUUCUAGGAGAAUCAGCUCCAUGAUUUUCCCAGGUACAGAGGAGAGGGUGACAGGUCGGUUGUUUCCCUUCCUUUUUACCCUUUUUAAAAAUGGGUGCAAUGUUCCCCUUCUUCCAGUCACAGAGGACUUCUCCUGACUGCCAGGACUUUUCAGAUAUCAUGGAGAGUGGCUCGGCAACCACAUCAGACAGUUCCCUCAGGACUCUGGGAUCUCAUUAAGUCCUGUAGACUUACAUAUAUUUAAGUUCCUCAGAGAGUCUUGAACCUAAUCUCUUACAGCAAAAGAGACGUUGCUCCUCCAGUCACUGUCCUGAGGUCCAUCCGCUCGAGAGGUGUGGGAAAAGAAGUUGCCAGUGAAGACUGAGACAAAGAAGUUGUUAAGUAGCUUGACUUUCUCCUUGUCUGUCAUGUUCAUCAGGAGCUCAUCAUCCCUUAAACUCCGUUUUCUGCAUGAUAAACCUGCAGAACCUCUUCUUAUUCUUUGUGUCCCUUGCUGAGUUCAGCUUCUACUGCGCCUCAGCCAUCCUGACCCCAUCCCUGUACAAGUGAGCAGUGUCCUGUGCUCUUCCCGGGAUACCUGUCCCUGCUUCCACUCUCUGUAUGUUGGCUUCUUGCCCUUUAGUUUGACCAGCAUGUGUGUUUGCCCCUUCACCUGCCGUGUGAUACUCCUCUGAAAAGCUUCCUCCACCCUCACUUUUCCUCCUGUUACUGUCCUCCAGUGAGUUCUAUGGUUGCACAUCCUGACUCACAAAAUACCUCUCCCUUCUUCUGCCAGCCAAGGACAACACUGAUUUUGUUUCUUCAUGAGAUUUCUAUUCAAAGGUGACUUCCAUGUGGUAGUUCUCUAAGCAGCCAACAAUUCUUUGGGGCCAGUGAUUCUCAUAAUGAUACCAGCAAGUUCUGAGAGGAGGAAACAAAAAACCACAAGAAGUAGGAGAUCAAAACUGAUAAAAAGCGAUUUAUCAGAGGAAAAAGGAGCAAAUAACAAGCAAUUCCAACCAAACAUAUUGUGUUUGUUCAUGUAGUCGUCAAAUUCUUUACUGCUUCCUUUCAGAUAUUUGCCAAAAACUUGACAACAGCACUACAUGUCCUCACUGUGAAUUUAAGACAUCCCCUAUUUCAUGCUUUUGCUUACAGGUUUGUCUCUGUUGCUCAUGAAAUGCAGAAUUGCUUUAUCAACACAGGAAGAACAGAGCUUCAAAAUGCGAAGUAAACUUUGUUGUAACAAUGAUUUCCUCAUUUGCUGUUGCUCCCGGGGAGGAGAAAGUAAAGGUUUUUCACCUUACCUCAAGCCUUAAACAUUAGAUGUCAUUACCACGAUCAGCAAGAAGCCCUGCACAGAAGUACUACAUUCAAUAAUUUAAUCUAACGAGCUUUACAUGAACGUCAGUGAAGGCAGUGGGAGGAUCACAGCCUGACACACGGGUGUUCUUGUAACAUUUCUAAGCUCUGCAGAACCGAAGUGGAUGGAAGAAAGAAAUCCAAAUUACUCCAUUGGGCCAACAUCCACCUUUCAUAAGCAGGUAGAGAGCAUUGGGUCUUAUUUUCAAAAGCAUCAUAUCCCUCUUCAUCCAAAAGGAAAUGCACACUAUACCCCAGAUGAGCCUGUGUUAAUAUUUGC